AAUUCAGAGAAUCUUGUUUGGUGUUAAAAAGAAGAAAUGUCAAGCGAAGCUGUGAAAAGCCAAAAAAGUGCGAAAGAAUCCAGGAGAACUUAACACUUACGAUCUAAGGUAGUUUGUAUCUACUUAUUAAGCCCUAAUCAGGUGCUAAAGUUGUCAAAUGGGAAAGUGCAUAUAGAAGAACGCGGAGAUUAUGCGCAAGCCAGAACUCUGAACUGUUUAGGGCAAUGGUUAAAUUACCUAAAAAUGAAAACUUCUUGUUUGUGGCUCUUACCAGUGCUGAUCCUGCUGCAGCUGGGAUCGAAGCAAGUGGAAUCCAAGAAAUAUCAAAGAUGCGAGCUCACCCGUGUUUUAGUCGAGAACUACCAUUUCGACAAAACGUUCAUCUCCAACUGGAUCUGCCUGGUGGAGCACGAGAGUUACCUGGACACCAGGUUGAUCACCAGAAAGGAGAACGAAAGCAAGAACUAUGGUCUGUUCCAGAUCAACAGCAGAGACUAUUGCAGCGAGGGCCGAAAGGGAGGACAGUGCAAUAUGAAAUGUGAAGACUUCUCCAACGACGAUAUAGGCGACGACAUCGCCUGUGCCAGGAUGAUCCAGGAGCGCGAGGGCUUCAAGUACUGGAAGGGCUGGGACCGCUUCUGCCGCAAUCCCCAGAACCUGCCCAACCUCCGCGUGGCGUGCAACCUGCGCAGCCUGUCUCCCCUGCGGUCACCCCGUUUCACCUACGGCUGAACACCUAUUCCUUUGUACUAACUGAACAUCUAACCUCAGAGAUAUAUACGGACAUACGUGAA